GCUAAAAUAACGUGAGUUCGAUAAAAGGAACUUCUACUUGUAUCGCAAAGUGUUAGUUUGCGCGGAAUACGCCACAAACUAAAAGUUUGUGCUACAAUUUAUGUCUUUGAGACGCGAAAACGGAACCUUUAGACGGACGAAAUGUUUAAGUCGAACUAACGUUAAAAUAGAUGCCAAUUCAUUUUGGAGUAGGGAGAAAAUUUAUCAAUAUACUGUGCAAGAGAAU